AUGCAAACAGUCCUAUCGAAAACUGGGAUCGAAGUCCGCUAUCCCUGCACUGUCCAUCUGCUGCUCAAUGGGGAGAAUUUCGAGUGCGACUACAAGUCCGAUCACACAGGCCUGGACCUGCUGAAGUUCGUCUGCUCGAUCCAGAAGAUUCCAGACUACAGUCUGUGGGGGCUCAAAUACAUGGACUGCAAAAGCAUGGACGAGCAGCGCUACUGGUUGGACUUGGACAAGCUGAUCCGCAGCCAGAUGAAGAACAUCAGCCCCAUUCGCUUCUACUUCCGAGCCAAAGUGUAUCCUCCUGAGCCGUAUAAAGUGCAGGAGGCGUCCGUUCGGCAUCUGCUGUUCCAGCAGCUGCGACUGGAUUUGAUGGGCGGGCGGCUCUUCUGCGAGGUGAACGAAGCAGCCAUGUUGGUGGCUUUGGUGUUGCAGCAUGUCCACAGCGACUUUGUCCCGACAAGCGCCUGGAUCUACAUCAUGUACAUGAAGAGCCACGUGCUGCGCAAAGAGCGCUGCUCCUGCGAGUUUUACUCGGCCGUGCAAAAGAGGGCCCUCGACAUCUACCAAAGACUCCUUGCCGGCCUGCAGCGGCUGGAGAUUGAGGACAUGUUCCUCCGCUUGGCCUCCAAGCUAGACUCCUAUGGGGUGGAGCCUUUUCUGGUGCGCAACAUCGACAAGCAAGAGCUGCUCCUCUGCAUCAACUUCCACGGGUUGCGCGCCUACGGCAAGAACAAGGCGAUUUUCCUGCUGCGUUGGCCCCAAGUGAGCAAAAUCACCCAUGAGGGCAAAGGCCUGUUCGUCCACUUUGCUCAAGGAGGCGUUAAGGUGCUGGAGUGCAUCAGCUUUUCCGAGUGCGCGUAUAUAUGGAGCAUCGCCACCGACCACCACGUCUACUUCACUUCUCCCAGGUACGUUUCCUCAGCAGCUAGGGAGGAAGAUUCGCCACUUCCGCAGGAUGGUCGUUCGGACCUUUCAAGCUUCUUCGGCUCGUGUUUGAACGAGUACAAGUGCGCCCGGUUUGAGCACGAAAUGCUGGAGGAGCAGCUGCAGGUUUCCUGCAGCCUGCUGCGUUUGAUCGACUUCAACUCUUGGCGGUCGCAGCUGUCUGUCAUCUACGCAGUGGUUAUUCUGUACAUCAUGGGCACCCAUGCUUGCUUGUUUGAGGAACUUCCUUUCUUUGAGGGUUUGAAGAAUUGGGUGCUCAGUUUCAUGUCCCGGCUUGUUUUUAAUAAAGUGCUGCCGUUUUGA